UGAAACUGAAAGCUGUUCUGGCAGCAGGCCCCUCCCCUCUGGGGAGGCAGGCAGGGGAGUGCCAGGGUAGAGCAGAGCCUGAGGGGAAACCCAGGAGCUCAGGCUGCCCUUCAGCUGCUCCCCUCUCCCCUCCUCGCUCUCUUCAGGAGGACCCCCGGACCCCCACACCUCGAUUCUCUCCCUCCUGACCAUCCCGGGCCUGGAUUGCAGUUUUGUAAGGCUUCUGAGCAGUUCCGGACUCCAACCCAGGAGGUGGUGAUGCCUUUGUUCAGGCUGCAGGUUGCUCCAUUGCCAUCCAACAUGGAAGAGGCAGAUGGGUCCCCCAAGGAUAAACAAUUGCCCUGUUUCUCCGAUGCUGUAUUGAUUCCCAAAGAUAGCAAUAUUUUAUCUAAAGAAGUCAUCAAUAGUAUGAAGGCUGCCGUGGCAGGAGGGAAAUGGAUGGAAGUAGCCUCUGUGGUCAAGGAGCUCGUACAGAAGACAUCAAGAAUCACAGUGAAAAUUGCUGUGACCGGGGACUCUGGCAAUGGCAUGUCAUCCUUCAUCAAUGCUAUUAGAGGCAUUGGACACGAGGAGGUGGAUUCAGCUCCCACCGGGGUGGUGAGGACCACCCAAGUACCGGCCUGUUACUCCUCCUCCAGCUUUCCCAACGUGGAGCUGUGGGACCUGCCCGGCACAGGAGCCACGGCCCAGAGCAUCAAGGAAUACAUGGAGGAGAUGCGGUUUGACACCUACGACCUUUUCAUCAUCGUCGCGUCUGAGCAGUUCAGCUCGAAUCACGUGAAGCUGGCCAAAGCUGUGCAGAAGAUGGGGAAGAGGUUCUACAUUGUCUGGACCAAGCUGGACAGGGACCUCAGCACGAGUGCCCUCUCUGAAGCCCAGCUACUGCAGAGCAUCCGAAGGAAUAUCCAGGAGAAUCUCCAGAAGGAGCAGGUGGAGAAGCCGCCCACAUUCCUGCUCUCCCACAUGAAUCCUUUGUUACAUGACUUCCCAGAGCUUAGGGAGACACUACAAAAAGACCUCUUCAACUUCAGGAAGUAUGGCCUUUUUGAAACCCUUUUCAAAAUCGGUAAGGAGGCUAUUAAUGAGAGAGUGAAAUCCAUUAGGAGCAUGGAUGCAGACAAUCUAGGCAAGGAUUUUGGAAUCUCCAAUCCAGAUAAUCUGGAAGAGAGUCAGAAAGCCUUCGAAAAAAGCUUUGGCCUGGAUGAUGAAUUUCUUGCCAUGCAGUUCCAGGAUCAACAAGGUGACUGGCCAUUGACUUGCCAGCUUCACUCUGGAGCCCAGCUUUUGCUUACAGGUGUAAACAAGAUGUUCUUAAAAUGCUUUUCUGGCCUUUCGCCUACACACAGCCAACAGAGACAAAGACAAGUGCUUGAUGAGGUUGCUCAGAAAACCAAAAACAUUCUGUGGAAAAUCCUGGAAAAAUUCAUUAACCGUCCUCUGGAAGGUCCAGACAACUGAGGCCCUCUCCCCAGCUCUGUCUACCCUAAGUGUCCCUCCAGUUGAGCUAACUCAUCCUGCAGGUUUCAAGUUCCUUGAGGUUUAUAGGUCAACUUUUUUAAUGGGUAUCCCCCUCAUGAAACACUAUAAUGGAUUUUACUUUAUACCAUUUGUUUAAUUUUAUUAACGGAACUGUCUGGAAUUCCAAUAUAAGAGAAAUUUUCUUUUUCUGGUUGCACAGAAUUUCACAUUUGACACAUAUUCACCUUAACACCUACGAUUAAUAUAGUUUUUCUUGAUUUUCUCAUCUCUCUCUCUCUCCCCCUCUCUUCUUCCCUGUCUCGGGAGAAGGAGCAUUUCUUAAGGAAGAGGGCUGGGCAGUGGCGGCACACGCCUUUCAUCCCAGCGUUCAGGAGCCAGAGGCAGGCAGAUCUCUUGUGAGUUCGAGACCAGCCUGGUUUACAAAGAAAGUCCAAGGCAGACAAGACUGUUAAACAGAGAAACCCUGUCUCAAAAAACCAUUAAAAAAAAAAAAAAAUGAAGACGAGCUUGUUUUUUGGCUAUUGUCUGAAGAGCAUGGCUAGUAGGGGCCUGUUCUCUGACCUCUCCUCUGGUUGUGUAGAGGGGAAUUAACCCUGGUUAUCACUGGUAAUAGGAUUCACAGGGUACUGAAUGGAAGAAUUUUGAGUGUCCAAAACUGUCUUCAUUGGCAUCAGUGGUGCCAUGUCUAGUCGUGGCCCCUCCCACUCUGUGCUUCCAUAGUCUCAUAUUGGACUUGAACUUCUUCAACCACCCCUAACUCUGCAGGCUGCACCCCCCCCCACACUGACCCUUCUCUCUUUUACAUAAAGCUUUCCUAUUUCACUCA